AAACUAGAAAAUUAUUAUUAAAAAAACUAAAAAAAGAAAAGAGCCGACGAAGACGACUCAGGACUGACGGCCUCUUCACAUUUCCUCGUGAGGACGGACGCGUCCUUUGCCUUUGAAAACGGGAAUUUUUUAGCCUUUCCCUCCCUUUCCUUUCUAUUCAAUUCUUCUCUUUCUCCUCCCCUUUUCCUCCUUUCUUUCAACAACUUCAGAAAUCUCUCUGAACCGCCACCUUAAUUCCUUUCUCUUAAUACUCGAAAGGGAGAGAGGGGGGAAGAAGACGAUAACAAUAAGCAGGAAUAAAAAUACGAGCUUGAUUUAGUUUAGCUCGGUCUCUUCUUUUAAUUUUAUUAUUAUUAAUAAAGGUACCUGCAGACUUUGGUGGCGGUGGUGACUAUGGAUCUGAGCAGAUUGCUGGUAGUUUUAACGGUGGUGGUUCUUUUUCAAUUGGGUUCUGUGCGUUUAGCUUCUGGGAAUUUCGUUUUUGAGGUCCAACAUAAGUUUGCUGGUAGAGAACGCAGCCUUAGCGCAUUAAAAGCCCAUGAUGCUCGCCGUCACCGCAGAAUUCUCUCCUCUGUCGAUCUCCCUUUAGGUGGUAAUGGCCAUCCUGCUGAAGAUGGCCUUUACUUUGCUAAAAUUGGGCUUGGGAAUCCACCAAAGGACUAUUAUGUGCAAGUUGAUUCUGGAAGUGACAUACUAUGGGUGAAUUGUGCCAACUGCGACAAGUGUCCUACAAAAAGCGAUCUUGGUGUAAAAUUGACAUUGUAUGAUCCAGCAAGUUCUGCUUCUUCAUCAAGGAUCUAUUGUGCUGAUGACUUUUGUGCUGCUACAUACAAUGGUGUGCUUCAGGGUUGCACAAAAGACUUGCCUUGCCAAUACAGUGUUGUUUAUGGUGACGGAAGUGGUACAGCUGGAUUCUUUGUGAAGGACGAUUUGCAGUUUCAAAGUGUGACUGGAGAUCAUCAAACUGCUUCAGCAAAUGGAAGUGUUAUAUUUGGGUGUGGAGCGAAACAAUCUGGGGAGUUAGGUACAUCCAGUGAAGCAUUGGAUGGAAUACUUGGUUUUGGGCAAGCAAACUCGUCCAUGCUUUCGCAACUUGCUGCAGCAGGAAAGGUUAAAAAAAUGUUUGCACAUUGCCUGGACAACGUAAAUGGAGGUGGAAUCUUUGCUAUUGGGGAGAUAGUCUCACCAAAAGUAAAGACAACACCAAUGGUAGCAAAUCGGCCACAUUACAAUGUUGUUAUGAAGAAAGUAGAGGUGGGCGGUAAUGUUCUGGAACUUGCAACAGAUACAUUUGCAAGUGGAGAUCAAAAAGGAACAAUAAUCGACAGUGGUACUACACUGGCAUAUCUGCCAGAGUCAGUUUAUGAGUCAGUGAUGAAUAAGAUUAUGGCUCAGCAACCUGGGUUGAAAUUGCAUACUGUUGAGGAGCAGUUUAUGUGCUUUAAGUAUAGUGGAAGUGUUGAUGAUGGAUUUCCGGUUGUCAAGUUUCACUUUGAAGAUUCGCUUACUUUGAGCAUUUAUCCACAUGAGUAUCUGUUCCAAAUUCGUGAUGAUGUUUGGUGUGUUGGUUGGCAAAACAGUGGGAUGCAAUCUAAGGAUGCUAGGGACAUGACUCUUCUUGGAGAUUUGGUGUUUUCAAAUAAACUUGUUUUAUACGAUAUGGAAAAGCAGGCAAUUGGAUGGACAGAGUACAACUGCUCUUCAAGCAUCAAAGUGAAAGAUGAAAUUUCUGGUGCAGUGUAUUCUGUUGGGCAUCACAAUGUUUCUGCAGCUUCCCAAAUGAUAAGUGGAAGAAUCAUAACAUUUUUGGUAUUAGCGUUUGCUGUAUUCCAUAGAUUUUGGUAAACUUCAACAUUCCUUGUACAAUAAUGUAAUGAUCACAGGUCUCCUUGGUAUAGUUUAAUUGUUGAGUACAAGGCUUUCUCCACACACACCCACAUAGACCUUUUUAUUUAUUUAUUUAUUUAUUUUAUUUAUUUGUAGUGAAUAGAUGUUUUUUGUAUACUUGGCUUGUGUUUUUUGGGAAUUAAAUCAUUAUUUAUUUCGAGUUGGCUGCA